AUGUCUUUAUCUGAUUCAUGGCUGACUUCACUCUCAUGUUCAGCUUCAUUAAUCAUCCAGGACGAAACGCUCUCGCUCUCAACAAUUCUUCAAUGGACAAGAUUUAUAUUCUUAUCACCAUGUCCACAAAGAGUUCUACUAUCCUCCAUUAAUCUUAUUUUCUUACUCAUUUUCAUAUUACUCACCCUUCAGAAACUAUUCUCUAGAUUCCUCAAUAAGAAGAAUAAUAAUACUUCCAUCAAUAAUCCCUUGAUAACCAGAACAAAUAAUCCUGUUAGUGUAAAUCUCUGGUUUUAUCUAUCUCUAGUUCUAUCAGCUCUGUUAUCCAUUAGUUAUCUAGUACUAUCUAUUAUAGCUUUCAAUUCGAAACUCGAAUCUUCAUGGAAGUUAACAGAAGCUUUGUUUAUGUCAGUACUAGCCGCAACCCAUCUAGUAAUCACAGUUUUAAUAAUCCAUGAAAAGAAAUUCCAAGCUGUGACACAUCCAAUGUUGAUUCGUGUUUACUGGAUUGUAAACUUUCUUUUUGUUAUGUUGUUCUCGGUUUCUUCCAUUGUCCGUUUCACGGGGAAACAACAAACGGAAUUGAGGAUCGAUGAUAUAUUCUUCUUGGUUAAUCUGCCUAUAUCGUUUUAUCUUCUUGUGUUAGCCGUCAAAGGAUUUACGGGGAUUACUGUUAAAAGAGAGUUGGAAUCAGAUGAGUAUGAGCCGGGAUUGAGUCUGAAAACCCCACUUCUGAAUAAGUCUGUUCCAACUGGUUACGCUUCUGCUUCCUUCAUUUCCAAAGCGAUGUGGUUAUGGAUGAAUCCGUUGUUGCAAAGGGGUUAUAAAUCUCCGUUGAAGCUCGAUGAAGUUCCUUCAUUAGCACCUGUUCAUAAAGCAGAAAGGUUGUCGGUGUUUUUUGAAAUGAAUUUUCCAAAACCGGAGGAGAAUUCAAAGCAUCCUGUUCGAACUACAUUGAUUCGAUGUUUUUGGAAAAAUUUGGCUUUCACUGCUUUUCUUCAGAUAAUCCGUCUUUGUGUUAUGUAUAUGGGACCGAUUCUUCUUCAACAGUUUGUCAAUUUCACUGCGGGUUUGGGUAGUUCACCUUAUGAAGGGUAUUAUCUUGUUUUGAUCUUGUUAUCGGCGAAAGUUAUUGAAGUUCUUUGUUCUCAUCAGUACAAUUUUCAGUCGCAAAAACUUGGGAUGCUAAUCAGAUCUACACUGAUCACUUCAUUGUACAAGAAGGGACUUCGGUUAUCAUGUUCGGGUCGUCAAGAGCAUGGGUUAGGUUCUAUCGUGAACUACAUGGCAGUUGAUGCGCAACAGCUUUCGGAUAUGAUGUUGCAGUUGCACUACAUUUGGUUAAUGCCAGUGCAAGUUGGUGUUGCUUUGGCUCUCCUUUACUUUAACCUCGGUGUCUCAGCAUUUUCUGCAUUGGUUGGCAUAUUUGGGGUGAUUGUUUUUGUUGUUUUAGGAACAAAAAGAAAUAACCGAUACCAAUUCAAUUUGAUGAAACAACGAGAUUCGAAACUCAAGGCAAUGAACGAGAUGCUUAAUUACAUGAGAGUGAUCAAAUUUCAAGCAUGGGAAGAACAUUUCAAUAAGCGCAUACAAGAAUUUCGAAGUGCUGAGUUUUCGUGGUUAACGAAAUUCAUGUACUCAAUAUACGGCAACAUUAUUGUAUUAUGGAGUGCCCCGGUUCUUGUUUCCACAUUAACCUUUGCAACAGCAAUUUGGCUAGGAGUUCCAUUGACUGCUGGUACGGUUUUCACCGCCACUUCGUUAUUCAAGGUUUUACAAGAACCAUUAAGGAAUUUUCCUCAAGCUAUGAUUUCGGUUUCGCAAGCAAUGAUUUCACUUGACAGAUUGGAUAAGUUUAUGAUGACUAAAGAAUUAGUGGAUGGUGCUGUUGAGAGAAGUGAAGGUUGUGAUGGUACAACUGCUGUUGAGGUUCAAAAUGGUACAUUUGCUUGGGAUGAUGAAGGUGAUGCUUCUGUUUUGAAAGAUUUGAAUCUUGUGAUUAAGAAGGGUGAACUUGCUGCCAUUGUUGGAACUGUUGGAUCCGGAAAGUCAUCCUUGUUGGGGUCGAUUCUUGGGGAGAUGCAUAAGAUGUCCGGAGAGGUAAGAGUAUGUGGAACCACAGCAUAUGUGGCCCAGACCUCAUGGAUACAAAAUGGGACUAUCCAAGAAAACAUAUUGUUCGGAUUGCCAAUGGAUAUAACAAGAUACAGAGAAGUACUCAGAGUUUGUUGUUUAGAAAAAGAUAUGGAGAUGAUGGAAUUUGGUGAUCAAACUGAAAUUGGUGAAAGAGGUAUCAAUCUUAGUGGUGGCCAGAAACAACGAAUUCAACUCGCUAGAGCCGUUUAUCAAGAUUGUGAUAUUUAUCUUCUUGACGAUGUCUUUAGUGCAGUUGAUGCUCAUACCGGUUCUGAUAUUUUCAAGGAAUGUGUCAGAGGAGCACUGAAAAACAAGACCAUUUUGCUUGUGACUCAUCAAGUUGAUUUCCUUCAUAAUGCUGAUCUCAUUAUGGUUAUGCGAGACGGGAUGAUAGUUCAAUCAGGGAAAUAUGACCAGCUUCUAAGUUCUGGUUUGGAUUUCGGUGCUCUAGUCGCUGCUCAUGAAACAUCAAUGGAGCUAGUAGAAAAGAGCAAUCCAAAUUCUGGGGAUAAAGAAGUCGAUCUAGAACCAUCAAUGUCUCCAAGAGAAGCUAAUGGUAAUAACGAAAAUGGCUCAGUUGAUGACCAAUCCAAAUCCCAAAAGAAAUCAUCAAAACUUGUCGAAGAUGAACAAAGAGAAACAGGACGAGUUAGUUUGGGAAUUUACAAGAUUUUCUGCACUGAAGCUUAUGGAUGGUCGGGUAUACUAGCAGUGUUGUUCUUUUCUCUCUUGUGGCAAUCUUCUCUGAUGGCAUCUGACUACUGGUUAGCUUAUGAAACUGGAGAAAAGAAUGCGUCUUCUUUUAAUCCUAACCUCUUCAUCAAGGUCUAUGCACUCAUUGCUAUUGUUUCUUGCGUUCUGGUGUUCUUUAGAGCUUUUCUAACAGCAUUCGUGUUUUUGAAAACUUCUCAAGUUUUCUUCUUACAAAUACUUAAUAGUAUCUUACAUGCUCCAAUGUCCUUCUUUGAUACAACUCCUUCUGGACGAGUUCUUAGUCGGGCUUCUUCAGAUCAAACCAACAUAGAUCUCUUCAUUCCAUUUUUCAUGGGAUUAACUAUAGCGAUGUACAUCACAGUUAUCAGCAUCGUCAUUGUAGUAUGUCAGGUUGCUUGGCCAACUGCCUUCCUCAUAAUUCCCCUAGGAUUAACCAACAUUUGGUAUCGGGGAUACUUUCUCGCAUCAUCUCGUGAAUUGACACGUCUUGAUUCCAUCACCAAAGCUCCUGUUAUCCAACAUUUUUCUGAAAGUGUUGCUGGAGUUAUGACCAUCCGGUGCUUCAGAAAGCAAGAAAGCUUCUGUCAGGAAAACGUUGAAAGAGUUAAUGCAAAUUUACGUAUGGAUUUUCACAAUAAUGGAUCAAAUGAGUGGCUGGGUUUCCGUUUGGAAUUGAUCGGAAGUGUAUUUCUCUGCACUUCUGCUUUGUUCAUGGUCAUGCUGCCUAGCAACAUUAUCAAACCCGAAUAUGUGGGCUUAUCACUCUCCUAUGGAUUGUCUCUCAAUACUGUUUUGUUUUAUGCGGUAUAUAUGAGUUGCUUUCUGGAGAACAGAAUGGUUUCGGUGGAGAGAGUAAAACAGUUCAUCAAUAUUCCAUCUGAAUCAGCAUGGGUUAUUAAAGACAACAAACCUUCCCCUGAAUGGCCUACUCAUGGCAGUGUACAUCUCAAGCAAUUACAGAUAAGAUAUCGUCCAAAUACACCUCUUAUUCUCAAAGGAAUCACUCUUAGCAUUCAAGGGGGAGAGAAGGUUGGUGUUGUUGGUAGAACGGGUAGCGGGAAAUCAACAUUGAUCCAGGCUUUCUUUAGAGUGAUGGAACCUUCAGGUGGAACAAUUAUCAUUGACGGGAUCGACAUUUGCAAGUUGGGUCUUCAUGAUCUCAGGUCCCGUUACGGGAUCAUUCCUCAAGAACCAGUUCUUUUCGAAGGAACAGUCAGAAGUAACAUCGACCCAAUAGGAACAUAUUCAGAUGACGAAAUAUGGAAGAGCCUUGAACGCUGCCAACUAAAAGAAGUGGUGGCUGCAAAACCCGAUAAACUCGACUCCCUAGUGGUUGAUAGUGGAGAUAACUGGAGUGUGGGACAAAGGCAGUUGCUCUGUCUCGGAAGAGUAAUGCUAAAGAAAAGCAGGAUUUUGUUUAUGGAUGAAGCUACGGCUUCGGUUGAUUCACAAACUGAUGGUGUUAUUCAAAGAAUCAUACGAGAAGACUUUAGCGCUUGUACUAUCAUUAGCAUUGCUCACAGAAUACCCACUGUCAUGGACUGUGACAGAGUUUUAGUAAUAGAUGCAGGACAUGCGAAGGAAUUUGAUAGUCCAUCUCGUUUGCUGGAACGCCAGUCUCUAUUUGGUGCAUUGGUUCAAGAGUACGCCAACAGGUCUGCUGGUUUAUAGAAGAAUCAAGUUAUCUUUGGUGAUUGAUCUCUGUUGAUAUUGCUGGUGAGGCCGAAAGCAGAAAGAUUUAUACAUUCAUCCCAAGCCCCGGAUAUAUGAAAUCGAAAAGAACUUAAUUAGUAAGGUUUGGAAAGUCGAACCAAGGAAACAAGUUCGGCAUCAAUAACAUGUCAAAACCAUUUUUGUUUCAUCCUAGUCAAUUAGUUUGUAAUCUACUUCACUCUGAUUAUCCAUUAUAAUCCAAGUCAUUUGGAAGCUGUAGAGUUCAGUUGACGUCUCAACGAAUUUAAAUUGAAUCACUAGAAA